AUAUAUCCGUUUCUUUGUAAAAUUUAUUCGCCGGUUUCUGGUACGGUAGUGCGUGUGGGUUCAAUGAAGUGUCGGUCGGUUUCAGCUUGAGAUUCAAUGGGAAACCACGGCAGUUUCUCCGCCGGGCGCCGCCGCCAUAACCGCCACGGCACCGCCGGCUUUCCUCCACCACCAAAAUCGGAGCCUCCAGCCUAUAAGUAUGGCAUCGCAGCUCACGAGCUUCCUCACAGCUCGGCCUCGUCGUCCAAUUCCGCUAUGGCUUUGCCGUACGCUCACGUCGAUUCCUCCUUGCGAGCCCUAGCAGGCCAAGCCGAGGGUUUCGGCCGCUGCGCCGUUGGUGGUCUCCACGGUCCCCUCUUCCAUGUCACUACUUUGGCAGAUGAUGGGCCGGGAUCACUUCGUGAAGCUUGCCGGAGGAAAGAGCCUCUAUGGAUUGUCUUUGAAGUUUCAGGAAUUAUUGAUCUCAAAUCAUACUUGAAUGUGUCAUCUUAUAAGACUAUUGAUGGACGGGGACAAAAGAUAAAGCUAACAGGGAAGGGUUUAAGACUGAAGGAAUGUGAGCACAUAAUUAUAUGCAACCUAGAGUUUGAAGGUGGUAGAGGGCCUGAUGUUGAUGGCAUUCAAAUAAAACCCAAUUCAAAGCAUAUAUGGAUAGAUCGUUGCAGCCUUCGUGAUUUUGAUGAUGGAUUGAUAGAUAUCACUCGAGGGAGCACAGAUAUUACCAUUUCUAGAUGCCACUUCUCAAAGCAUGACAAAACUAUGCUUAUUGGAGCUGAUUCUUCUCACACUGGUGAUAGAUGCAUUAGGGUGACAAUUCACCAUUGCUUUUUUAAUGGUACACGACAACGGCAUCCUCGUGUCAGGUUUGGGAAAGUACAUCUAUAUAAUAAUUACACACGAGACUGGGGCAUUUAUGCUGUAUGUGCCAGCGUAGAAUCACAGAUAUAUUCACAGUGCAAUAUAUAUGAAGCUGGAGCGAAAAAGGUGGCUUUCAAGUAUCUAACAGAGAAGGCUGCUGAUAGAGAAGAAGCAAGUAGCGGCUGGAUAAAGUCGGAGGGCGACCUUUUCUUAAAUGGAACUCAGCCUGGUUUGUUGCCCAUUGCAAGUGCAGAUUGCAUAUUUCGCCCUAUCGAACUCUACCCCUCAUGGACCGUGGAACCCCCAACAAACGAUCUGAAGAAAGUUCUCCAACAUUAUACCGGAUGCCAGUGCAUCACACGGCCUACAGAAUAACACAAAGUUCAACCGGGAACAGUAUGUAUAUUGAACAUCCAUAUCACAUGAGAGCAUGUACUUCUGCAGGAACUUGUCUUACAGAUUUGUUUUAUGCCUACGGCUAGAGUGAGUCUGACUUGUUUAUCAUACCACACCCUAUAUGUGAUCUAGUAUUUUCCAGCAUGUCAACCAACUCAUCCAUCUUUCUACACUGUCAAUAUAAAUAAACUUAGCCAUUUCUAAC